CUCUCUUCGAACUGCCAUUGCACGCUCAACCUAUGGCCAUUGCACGGUCAAGCUAGGCAGUUCUUCACAUGAGCUGCACCUUGGUUGUUACACGGGCACCCAGCCAUCCUUCAGUCAACAACUGACUGACACGAUUGAAGAAAAAAGUUAGCUCCAACCACUGGCUGGCAGCUGAGAGCUCUGGCAAAAAGGGCCCCCCACAGAGUGAAUGAAUGCACACAGACAGACAGACAGACACAGGACAAGAACGAGGACAGGGCAACAUGGGCAGGUAGGUGGCAGGCACUAGACAAGGGCCCUCCACACAUGUAUGUAAUGUACACAGACAUACAUGCAUCACAUCCACACGGACGUCGGUACGUAAGUGCCUCAGUCGGCGCUUGUCCGUGCACAAAUGUGUUCUUAAGACAGACAGACAGACAGACAGGUGGGUGGGUGGGUGGGUGAGUAGGCGAGCACAGCGUUAGGUCAUCUUGCCGGUGACAGACAGUCAGUGAGUCAGGCAGUAAGUCAGUAGUGGGUGGCUGUGUGGGAGGGUGGCCCUCAAGCCACGAGCAACCAGCCCCUUUGGCUCUUCUCGGCAUGACACGUCACGACACGACACCACACGACACGACAUGAGCGCAUUAAGAAUGCCAAGUAAGCACAUGUACACACACACUGCAAACUUCGUCCCUUUCCCUACCUGACCUGCCGUACCAUAAACAUCUCAAGCAAACGUAGCGAGCGAUCCGAUCCACACGGGUCCUUCCUCUCUCUCUCUGGCCCUCCCUCCCUCCCUCCCUCUCUCUGCGAUUGACAGUUGCAUCAUCAGGCCAAACAGACUCCACGAUUGACAUGCGCAGGAAUGAAAGGAAGAGUGGAUGAUUCCUUCGAUAAAGCAAACCACGGCCCACAACAGGGGGGCUGCCGCCCGAUGAGACAAAGAGACCCGGGUACGCAGGACACCCACCCACCCACAUCGACACGCCGACAGACAGGAAAACAAGAUAGAUCAACACGACUGACUGACUGGACGGACCGUUUCCUCUUCCUUGGUCGAUCUGUACGUACGUAUACCUACCGACACGCAUCGCUAUCACUCACUCACUCAUCUAGCUCACAAACAAAACAAAAAACACACCGGAAAAACAAAGUUUAGACACCACAGCUACCUAGGGAGACUGACACACACGGACACGAACGAGUUCACGACCUACAGGCAGACAGACAGGCAAGCAUGUAAGAAAGAGGCUGAGAGAGAGAUUGGGCGAGGGGAUGGAUGAUGGUCAGUCAGUCAGACGGCCUUCAUGUCGGUGGUCUCAUCCGACGGCGAGCCGUCCUCAUCGUCGUCGCUUUUUUUGGGCAGCGGCAGCGUCAGCUGGUCCCGCAGCUGCAUGGCCGCGCAGGGGUAGACGAACAUGGCGAAGUAGUCGCUGACCAUGUCGCCCCCAAUCCCGUAAAACUCCCGCACCUUCGCCCGCCACACCGCACCAAACAGACCGGUGCAGCACAUGAUGGCCUACACACACACAGCGAGAGACAGAGAUGAAGAUGACAGCACAGAGGCGAGUAUGGAUCCACGCGUCCCCUCACUCACUGACCCAUGCGAUGGUGUGGAGGUUGGGCACACCAGCGGCCGCCUGUAUGAUGAGCAGAGCGAAGCACCCAUAAAAAGUUGCGGCCAGGCCGAUGAGGCACAGGUUUGCCGUGAGGCGGGACUGUGUGCGGUGGGCGAUGGGGGAGAAGGCGCCCACGGGGUUGACGAGGUAGACGAGGAAUGUCGACAGCAUCCCCCAUGUCGGCCUGUAAAAAAGCUGCAACAGCGAGGAAGGAGGCGGUGUGGUCUGGUGUGCAGGUCGAUCUGUGUCUGUGUUGUGUGGUGGGGUGCUGCCUGACCGUCGUGAGGCCGUGUUUCCACUGCUGCCAUGGGUACUGUCUGACGUCGCCCUUGUCGUAGGCACACACCCACCUGAGCACACAGACACACUCAUAGAAGUACUCUGAUGGAUGUUUGCUUGCGAGUGUGAGGCGCCUCAUGCACUCAACUCACUCACUCACUCACCACAUGGAUGCGCACAUGUAGCACACGAUGAUGGUGAACAGGAGGCCCGUCACUAUGCUGCCCGUCUGCAGGGCGCUCAGCGCCUUUUCGCCACCAGCCACCAACAGCGCUGCGACACACAGACAGAAGGAGGGGACAUGCCGUCCAUCCAUCCAUCCAUCCACCGGUCUGUUGAUGGAUGCACCUGUGGCUGUCGCUCCCUCUGUCAGUGACCAGAACACUCGUGUGAGUGUGGUGGUCUCCUGGCUGCCGUUGUCACUGAUAGAGUCCACCACGAGGGAGCCAGAGUCGCUCGUCGUGAUGAAGUAGAUCGUCAGCGCCACCAGGCUGACGCCCGACAAGAAUCGGCCCACACCGGCCUGCAGACAGACAGACAGACAGACAGAGGAGAGAGCCGCAUCUACAGCUGAACGGCUGAACGCAUUGCAGCGCGUGUAUGUCUUACGUAGUGGUCUGAAGCAUCGCCAAGGUGACCGAUCGACAAAAUAUACACACACACAAGCAAGGAUAUGCAUCACACGCUCCCUCCCUGUGUGUGUGUCCGUCGUGUGUCAGUCAGCCCAGCCGUACCCAUGACGUCGAACCACAUGUCAUUCGUCCCCCUGCACGUCAGCCGCACAUAAUCGUCUGGCCCAGGCACCUGCACCCGAGACAUCCACACACACGCAGACAGACAGACAGAGUCGAUCUCCACUGCUGGGUGGGAUGGGAUGGGAUGCACUCUCACUCACCGCAGGGAAUUCCGUCGAGCAGUCGACGCCAUUCCGGGCCGCCUCGCGCUCCAUCCGCAGACCCGCCCCGCCAAAAAUUGAAAACCUGCAGCCAGCGAUUGAUAAUCAAUCACGUGUGUGCAGCGAUCGAUGCCUCAAGUGCAGUGCGCAUCUAUCGUGAUAGCUGUGCUGACUGACCAGAAGAAAGUGUACAAGACGGGGGCGGACAUGGUUCCGUUCAGCACCUGCCGGAUGGUCCUGCCGCGGGAGAUCUUUGCGAUGAAGAGGCCGACGAAGGGACAAAAGGCGAUCCACCAGCCCCAGUAGAAGAUCGUCCACGAGUUCAUCCAGCCCUGGGGCGCGCCGGUGCCGUCGGGCGAUGAUUUGGCCUCCUGCUCAAAUGCAUCGGACCAUGACCCGAGCUUCAGGAUCUGCACACACAUCGGACAGGCAGACGUCGGCCGCUUGUUUUGGGCUUGUGUGAGUGUCUGGGCGGGUGUGUGGCUGACGCACUCACUCACCCAUUGGAAGUAGACGCCGACGGACUGCGUGUAGAGGUUGAGGAGGUACCAGGUGUUGUCCGAAAACAUAACGACGACCAGCAGCAGGUUGCCCAACAGAAAGCAGAAUUGGGACAGAAACUUAAUGCCGGCCUUCAGACCUGCAGUCACGAACGUCACACCCACGCGGCAUGUGUGUGGAGAUGUGUGUGUGUGUGUGGGACGUACCCGACACGCAUGAGGCGAGCGAUAUCACAGUGAUGACCCACAGGACGAUCACGUUAUUCUGUAGGGUGCCGGGAAAAUUGGGCUCGUACCUGCACACACAACACACGUGCAUCCAUCCAUCCAUCUACGAGGGGGGCAGACAGAACCCAUCGUGAGCCACUGUGUGUAUUUGUUUACCGGGCCAGCCCCUGGUUGAGUUGCAUGACCCCCAGACCCAAGGAAGUGCACACGCCGAAGAUGGUGCAGAUGAUCGAGAUGAUAUCCUGAAGACACACACACACACACACAUACACAAUUGUUGUGUGGCAGUGUGUGUGUCUGUGCCACUGACCACAAAGUCCCCGACAGGCCCGAAGAUGUGUUCGCCGAUCAGCGGGUAGAAUGCCGACUUCAUGGCCAGAGGGAGGCCGAAGCGGUAACACAACAGGCCCAAGAGAAGCCCAACGAUAGCGUAAACCACAUACCCGUGCAGCCCCUGUCCAUCCACACCACGCCACACCGACAUCGAAUGUCUAAUGCCUGCCAUGUGAGCCCGCCCCCUCCGCAGUACCCAGUGGAAAAGUGUGAUGAGCAUGGACCACUGCGCCCGCUCGUUGUCUUCCAUCUCUGCCCAGCGCGAGCCGUGGCACUGGCCCGUACCGGGCACAACGCUGCCGUCAGCGUUGUGUCGCACCGCCCCGGCGAAGGGGUUUCCAUAACACGGCUCAUAGUGAAAGAUCGGCUCAGCCUACAUCGAGUUGCGGUAGACGGCAAACUUGGCGUACUACACCGCUUUUCUUCCUGUGCCUACCACGCCAAAGUAGAACAUUCCGACGCCCACACCGCAGCAGAAGAGCAUGCUGAACUGCAUGGACGCACACACGCAACCAAGGGGGGAGGGAAAAGACAACGGCGAGAGCAGAGCAUGUUUGUCUGUCGCCAGCAGCUUCCAUCCUAAAAAAAACGAACCCACGAGACGGUUGAGAACUCGGGCUUCUCGUCGUCCUUGCCCAACUUGAUGUCGCCAUACUUGCUGAAGUAGCUGCACACAACAAGGCCGACACGCACUCAGAUGGGCAAUGGUGUGGUGUGAGUGUGUGUGUGUGUGUGUGCCUGUUUGUCACACCACAUACAUGUAGAGUAGGAAGAAGACCCACACGGCCUGCGUGCCCAUGUACAGCCAGGUGAAGGUCGCGGUGAUCCACGCCUUGGCCGCUGACAGGUACCUGCACACACACACACCAACACAACGACACCACAACCUCCCUCCCAUGGUCGUCCUCCUCUCGAUAGUAUCAAGGCGGCACUCACUGGUUGGCUGGACACUCGCCCCCUUCCUCAAUGCCGGCGCAGCUUAUCAUCGCCCACGCCACAAAGCUGCACAACACACCACGCCUGUCGCUCACUUCUUUGUCUCAUUCUUUUCCCCCUCCUCACUGACCCCCAGAUGAGCAGGAUUGAGGUGAAAGUGAUCACAGGGUUGAACCGCACCAUCCACAGACCCGAGCCAAACUGCCACGAGAUGCUCUUGCCGGUGGUUGAUGUCGAGUCAAACGAGGCGGUCUCGGCCUCCGCUUCAGCUUUCCGGCUGGUUGUUGUCGUGGCAUCCAUGGCGCUCGGCGUCGAGUCAGCUACCUUCAUCAUGAUGUGGGAAGGAAACUCACUGAUCUGAGAGCGAUGGAGAAACCGCACAGCAUUCGAAUCGAACAAAGGACAUGGAGGGAGAGAGGGCGUUGAGGAGGGAGGGAGAGAGGGCAUGCGGCGGUUGGUUCUCCCGCCACCAUCGGGUGCAGAUGUGUGUGUUGGCCCUCACCUGCUUCCCAAAUUGCCAGAUCAGCGGCGUUUUCCCUUUCC